AUGCCGCACAGCGCGGCAGAGCCCAAGGAGCCUGGAGCAUGCCUGUCAUGUGCUUCCGCCGAUGUGUUGCGCCCAUGGGCGCACCUCGACGUCGGCAAGCUCGAGGUUCAGUUCCAGUCGCAGCCCCCCCCGCCCUCCCCCUCCAUGCCUCCGCGCACGCCCGAGCCUUCCGCCGAGCGCGCCCCCCACCCCGCCUUGUCAUCGCUCUGGGCCAUUCCAGGCUUCGCCGCCGCCGCUUCCGCCGCGGCUGGCGCAGUAGCGGGCGCAGCGGCGGGGGUUUCCAACCAGCUCGGGGACGCAUGGGUCCCCGGCGGCGCGCGGCAGCAGCUGGGCGCGGGGAACGCCCGCGCGGGCAGUUCCGCGGGUGGCGCAGCCGGGGGGAGCGGCAGCGGCGGCGGGUUCGGCGGGUACAGCAGUGGGUACGGCGGGGGAGCGGAGCGGGCGCUGGGGGAGCGGAUAGCGCUGAGUAGCUGGUUGGAGGACGAGGAGAUGCAAGUAGCAGUGACGGAAAAUGCGGAGAUGAUGGCACUGGGUAGAGGCGCCACUCUCAUCAUAUUCGACGGCUUGCCGCUGCCGGACGGACGCCCGCGGCCCGGCUGUCACCCCGACCCAGUGGUGGUGGUACCUGCGUGUGAGCCCGACGAUGCCAUAACGUCUCUCGAGUGGCUCGUCUUCUCCUCCUUUGGCCCGCGCCCCGUGCCCACCCCCCCCGGCCGCCCCCCCGGGUGCUUCUACUGUGUCGCUGUGGGCACUGCCGCGGGGUUCCUGCUCGUCUAUGCCGACUCAGGAGCUCUGCUUCUGAAGCAGAUGGUACACACGGAGCCAGUGGUGCGGGUGCGAGUGCGUGCAGUGGAGGCGGGCAUGGUGCGCAACGACGGCACACAGGAGCUCUGUAUCGUCACCCGCAACGCCACCCUCAUCAUCGCAUGCACACACCUGCAGUCAUUGCUGCGGCAGCGAGUGCUACAGGUAGACGACACACUCACACUGCACAACCCCCGCGGCCUCGCCUCGCGCCUCGCCUACAUGUCACACGCGCGCCGGCCCCCGCCCACGCGGGACGAGGAGGCGCUCAAGGCGUUUGCAGUGCCGCUCAAGAAGUGGCGCACCGGCAGGGCUGGUACUCAGUGGAGCGACGGUGCUGUGGCUGGGCUCUUCCCCGCCCCGCUCUUCCAAACCCAGGCCCCGAAGCAGUCUCUCUGCAUUGUCACAGUGGGCGUGCACCCCACUAUUGCUGCUUUCGCUGCCACGGAGCAAGGCGGAUGGGUGCAACUCGCCUCUUCCUUUGCCACCAAUGUGCGCACUCGAGCCAAAUCAGCUGCCCUUUCCAUCACACGCACCAUCAGCCGCGCACCCCGCCGCAUCCUCUCCAAAACCCUCUCAACCUCUCAAGACCCCUCCAAUUCCUCCUCCGACCCUACUGACUCCUCCGGUCCUUCCUCGGCCUUUUCCCCAGGGUCUGCCUCCCCCACCUCCCGCUCCUCCUCCCUCUCCACCUUCUCGCCCUCCUCCUCCUUGUCCUCUUCCCACGUGGACGACGACCUGCCGCACUUCUCCCGCCCGGCGCCGCCCGAAGCGGUGGAGCCGGGGCAGGCGAUGGCGGUGGUGGCGGGCUUUAAGGACUCGGUGCGGCACGCGCAGAGGCUGGCAGUGGCGCCGAGGGGCACUCUCAUGGCUCUGGCUGAUAACCUGGGGCGCGUGCUGCUGCUGGAUACUCAGAUCUUUGGGGUGGUGCGCAUGUGGAAGGGCUAUCGGGACGCGGAGCUGGCAUUCCUGGAGGUGCCCAUAAUGGGGGGCACAAUGACGUCCAUGGCAGCAGCAUCGCCCAACGUGCAUCUGCUCAUGCUGCGCCCUCGCCAGCUCGCCAUGUGCCUCGCCAUCUUCGCGCCCCGGCGCGAGGUCAUUGAGCUCUUCUCCUCUCUUCUCCCAUCUCCUCCUUUCAUUCCCUUUCAUUCCCUCCUCCCUGCGCUCUACCUUUGCACGCCUCCUACCUGCCCUAUCGGCUCCGGCUAUUGUCUCCUGGAAAACCUCUUGACAUGUCUGGCAAAUGGUGGGGGGCGGGCGAGUGGCCCUAAUCCGCUGCCCAGCCAACAGCCGUCUCCUCCAGCCCUCCCCUGGCACCUGUCGGAGAUCCUUCCUACUAUCUCCCUCACUCCUCCCAGCAAGGCCUCUGCCUCAGACGCGUCUCGCCCGCACGACUCCCUGACCGAAGCGGACGUGUUUCAGCGCCUGUGCGACCUGCUCAAGCUCAAACGCAACGCACGCGUCUCCCUCUCCCUUCUCCCUCCCUCCCUCCCUCACUCCCCCAACUCCUUCCACUCCUCGUUCCCAUACUCCCCACCCUGCCUGCGCCCCUCUCUCCCACCCCUCUCCCCCCCCCCGGCCCUUUUCCCCCUCUCCCCCCUCUCCUUCCCCCCUCACAGCAGCAAGGCCUCUGCCUCAGACGCGUCUCGCCCGCACGACUCCCUGACCGAAGCGGACGUGUUUCAGCGCCUGUGCGACCUGCUCAAGCUCAAGCGCAACGCGCGCACCGCAGCGCAAGAGACCGUCGAGCUGCUCAGAUGGAAAGCGGAGGAGGAGGAGCGGCGAGGCGCAGAGGAGCAGGGCGUGUAUGACCCCACUGCCAUUCUCCGACCCUUCGCUUCUCUGUCAUUCCCCGUUGUUUCUCUGGCUUAUCUCCCCAACUCUUCCCCCCCGUGCCUAGCAACCUCCCUUCUCUUUCACUUCCAUGACCCGUCUGCACCCCAUCCCCCUCCUGCUCCCGCCCUCUCCACCCUCCCUCCCGCUCCCGUCCCCCUUCCCCCCCUCGGCCCCUUUCCUCCCCCACAUCAGGUGCUGGACCUGCUAGUGGCAACGCGCGACUCUCUCUCAGCGCACUGCCACCUGGCAGUGUUAGAAGACGUCCUAACCUCAGUGGAAGACGCAAUAGACUACAACCUCGGCGCUGCACGCGGUGGCGCUCCCGGCAUGGGCCCCCCUCGCCCCCCCGCACUCAACACGUCAUCCCUCCACCCGUCCUCCGGACACUACGACCCUUCGUCGGGUCACUACGACCCGUCUUCGUUCCUCCCCCCUGGACAUGCGGCGAUGGGCGCAGCUGGGUAUAACGGGCGAGGGGCGUGGGCGGGAGCGGGGAUGGGAGGCGGCGGGUGGGAGAUGGCAGGAGGGAUGCAUGGUGGCAUGGGGGGGGAUGGCAUGGGCGGGCACGGGAGGGAGUGGUAUCGAGGUGGGAGCGCUGGGAGGGAGAUGAGUGGGAGCGUGGGGGGAGUGGGGGGAAGUGGAAGCGUGGGAGGCAAGCAGCUGACGCGUGGGAAAAGCUGGGCGAGACGAGUAGAUGAUAAACUGUUGCAGUAUCUGCAGGAGAGGAGGGGGCUGCUGCGCUGGCAGCGCCUGCUGCUGAAGGUCUUUUUGAAGCUAAGGGACGACCAUGAGGAACACUUGGACGAGGAGAGAGCAGAGGACGCCAGGCAGAGGGGAAUGGGAGGAAUGGAGGAGGACGCAAACGGGAGGUGGUACAGGGAGGGCAGUAUGGGAAUGCGAAUGGGCGGCCCUGGUAUGGGGCCUGGGAUGGGGCGGGGGCCGGGGGCAGGGGCGGAUAUGGAAGAGGAUGAGGAGGAAGCGGAGCUGUUCACAUCUGUGAACUGGGAGAGGAGGUGGUUGAGGAGGCCUGGAAUUCAAGGCGGGGGGAAGCGGCGUGUUCUGUCAGAAGCAGAGGAGGCCGCGCUGGUGGAUGAAACAGCAGAGCGUAAAGCACGGUACCAGUCUCUGGUUGCGGAUCUAGGCGCGUGGAUCAACGUCGAGUUCCUCCGCUGCUUUGGCUAUGACUCCCGGUGGACGCCCAGGGAGCUUCCAGAGGAUAGGAGGAAGGAGAGGCAGAGGAUCAAGGCUGGAGCUAGCAUUGGGGGCAGUGGCAGCGUUGGGGGCUCAGUCAGGGGGUAUGACAGCGGGUACAGUGGGAUGGAUGGUGGUGGUGGUGGUGGAGGGGGAGGGGGAGGGUACGGCGGCACAGGGAACAGCCGGGGUGGGCGCAAGGGGUUUCAUAGAGGGGGCGCUGGGGCAGCAGGGGAGGAGCGCAGCCACGGUCUCUGGCUGGCGAUAGGCGAGGACGUGAGUGAACUGAGGGCGCUCUCUCACUUCAUCAUGCGGAAUAUGACCCGUGGGGAGGCAGGCACACGUAAGCUGUUCCAGGUGUUGGACGUGGUGGGGUUGUCCCGGGAAGACUGGCAGUGCCUGUUCCUGGUGUGGUUCCGGUCGGUCAAGGUGGACGAUUUGCUCUCGGUGGGGCUAGAUGUGCUCAUGGAUGUGAUUCAUUGUAUCGGGUGGUUACGAGAGGAUGAGGACGAGGAGGAGUACGAGGAGAUCAGUAUGCUCGACUCCCCCGGCCCCGCUUCUGCUGCUGCUGCCGCUGCUGCUGCAGCUGCUGGUGCUGCUGGUGUGGGAGCGUCUGGGAGGAGGCAGCAGCAGCAGGGGAGGACGAUCGGGGGGCGAGGAGCACGGUCCAUGCGGGUGGCUCAGCAGCAGCGGGAUCACGUGCCUCCCGGCGGCCGCUUCCCGCUCUUCUUCGGCUGGUGCCAGGUCACAGGAGCAGUGGCGAAAGCACUCUUUAUGGCCCGCCUCUGCGCACAGGUAGCCAAGGAAAACCUGCAGCACAUAGCGCUAGAAAUGGUGCGCGGAGCUACUCCUUCCUCCCGCAGCCCGAGACGACUCGCACGGCGCUGGACCCACGGCAUGGGAGGGCCUGGGGACAGGGGCAUGGGGAUGCAGUUAGGAGGGGAUGUGGAUCUAGCGCAGGCGCGGGCGGAGGGUGCGACGGUGGCGCGGCGUAUGAAGCGGCUGCAGGAGGAUUCGUUUGUGGAGCAGCGGGGGCUGGAGCAGUGGCUGCAGCUGGCGAAGCAGGUGGACGACGCGUGGAUGCUGGGUCGCGCCAUGCUGCAUAUCACCAAGCUCUCCGCUGCGCAUGGGAUUAUUGUCACACGCUCCCGUGUGCCGUCGGCGGCAGAAGUGUCGUCGUUCCCCGUGCCGCUGUGGGUUGCGAAGCUGCAGCUGCUGAUCUCGCCUGCGUCUGGGGUGGUGAGGCAUCUGCAUAUGGCGCUCCUGCAUUCUGUGAAAGAGCCGGCUUCGAUGCGAGAGGCCCGUGCUCGGGCCAAGGAGAGGGCGAAGAGAGGAGCAAAAAUGGAGUGGGACGUUGGGACGCUGUUUGGGGAAGAGGAGGAGGAGGAUGAAGAGGGAGGAGAGGGAGGCGAGGAGGGAAGGGAGGGUGAUGAGGGUGCGGGAGAGGGUUCGGGGUUGGGCAGAUUGGAGGAGGUGCAAAGGGAUUCAGAGGUGGGAGGGGGAGGAGGAGGGAACGUGGAGGGUGGAAAGGCAGGUGCAGGAACUGGAGAGAGUGUGGAAAGUGGUGUGGUUGAGAGUGCUGAGGCUCCUCCUCCUGAGGUUGAGGGAGAGAAGAGUGAAGGAGAGAAGAAGGAAGGUGAGGAGAAUGGGAGUGCGGGAGUGGAUGGAGGUGCAAAGGAGGGGGGUAAGGUAGAAGAAGGGGAUGGAUCAGGAAAAAGGGUGGAGGGUGUGGGGAGCAGCAGAGGGGAGGAGGGAGCAUUGGAGGAGGUUGGGGUACAGGGGGCUAAGGAGAAGGGGGAUGAGGAGAAGGGGGGUAAGGAACCGAUGGGAGAGGAGCAGGAGAGUGAGGAACAGGGGAGCAAGAGCAGUGCUGACAAGGCAGUUGGUGAUGGUGAUUGGGUGGAGGGAGAAGCAGGCUCAGUGCAGGGCUCAGUGCAGGGGAGUGAACAGCAGGGAAGCGAGCAGCAUGGAAGCGAGCAGCACAGGAGCCUGUCGUUUGGUAGUGAGGGCGAGUGGCGGGCUAACCAAGAAGGAAGAACCUCCAUUGGACGAGGCUCAGUCCGGAGCUCAGGGGGUGGGGACAGGGACAGCGAGAAGAGCAGCGAGCGAGGCAGCGAGCGAGAGGGGAGAGAGGGCGAGAGAGGAGCAAGUGGGGAGGGGAGGUGGUUGGAAGGGGAGCGAGGGGCGGAGAGGGAAGGAGGAGUGAACCUGCUAGCCAGGCCGUCAGGACUGCGAGGGAAAGACGCUGGUGAGUUCAAGGGGAGCAGUAUGCUCCGCGCUAGAAAGCUCCUUCACAGGGAUUCGCAGCAUUCUUCCAGUGGUGGUGGUGCCGCUGCUGCUGCUGCUGCUGGUGCUGCUGCUGGUGGUGGUGCUGCUGGUGCUGGUGCUGCUGGUGGUGGUGCUAGUGGUAUACAGCCCAGCAACAGCAGCAGUGCUGCGUUUUCGCCGUCAACAGUUGGAGAUCUUCCAGAGAGCCGGGAGGGGGACAGCGUGGGGGACAUGCCCUCCACGCCCAGCAAUGACAGCAGGUAUGACGGGCGUCCCCAAGGAGGCUUUGAGACCUAUGAGGAGCAGGAGCGGUGGUAUGAGAUUGCUGAGAUGGAGGCUGAGAGGGAGCGUGUGCGGGAGCGAGAAAUGGAGCUGGAGCGAGAGAGGGAGAGGGAGAGGGAGCGCGAGUGGGAGAGGGAGCGGGAGAGAGUGAUAGAGCAGCAAAUGGCGAUGGCCCGAGAGAUGGAACAGGAGAUGUUGAAGGCGCAGGAGGCAGCGAGAGCAGCAGAAGAAUCGACUGAAGCACAGGCUGUAGCCGAGGCUGUGGAGCUGCUGAAAGAGUUACUUGUGCGCUUCUCUGUGACCUGCAACUUGGAUAUUCUCGCCGCUCAUCGGUCCCUGGAACUUUGCCGCCAGUGGACCCAGAUGGUCCCUCUCGACCGCACCGCACCGCUCCCAACCACUGGCCCCGGCGGGAUUCCGCUGAGUCUGGUGGUUUCGCACCCGGUGAGAGGGUUCGAGGUGGAUAUGAACGACCUUCUGUAUUUCACGUAUGAGCACGCGUCCACGCUGUCGACCGUGGCGUUAAAGGGCGGCGUGGUGUGUAGCAUGUGGGGGCCUAUGAUCGGCCCGCGCGCUGCUGCUGCUGUGUCGCUGCUGCAGAAGCUCAGGCGGGCACCCACUGAUGAGGAGAGCGCCAAGGCUACUGGCCUCGGCGGGGCAUCAGUGUCAGAAGCAGCAGGAGCCGUGGGAGCAUACGAGCAGCUGCUAGUCCUGCUCUUCGACUGCUCGCUGCUCUCAGAGCUCGGGGAGAACACCGACCGGGGCAGCCGGGAAACCGACGCGUUCAUAGCAGCGCGCGACGCCACGUGCCGAGAAGCCAUCUCCGAUUUCCGGCAGUCCGCCCCUGCGAGUGACCGAGUGCAUGCGUACAUGCUGCUGCUGCGUGUCGUGGGAAUAGCGCUGGCUCUUAAUGUGGACUAUGUGCCGCUCGGCAGCAUGUUUCCGCCCAGCCUGCUCACCAGUUUCCCUACGCUGCGGUCGGAGCCCGCCUUCACUGCUGCUCCAUUACCUCCCAACAUCCCUCUUCCCUCGCCUUUCCUCUUAUCCUCCUUCCCAGCGUCUUCAAACUUCAUCCACAUCACUGCCCUCGUAACGCCCUUCCCUUCGCCUUUUCAACCCCCAUCUCAAACCCCUUUCCUCCAUGCGUUGGAAUCCCUUCCUCCCCAUUCUGCUGCGUGCCCUUUCCUUCCAUCUCUUCCAGCCACUGCCUUGCUCCCUGCUCCUGAUUCGGGCUCAGACGCUGCUGCUGCUGCUGCUGCUGCUGCUGCGGGUGGUGGUGCAGGGGCCAUGCCCCUUGCUGCCCUAGGCCAUGAGCCUGGACCAUCUGGCAUGGGCAUGGGGGCAGGCAUGGGAGAUGCGAUGGCUAUGGGGGGGAUGGGCAUGGGUGGCAUGGGCAUGGGGGGCAUGGGCAUGGGUGCUGGCAUGGACAUGGGUGGUAUGGGGCAAGGCAUGGGCAUGAUGGGUAUGGGUCCUGGUAUGGGGAUGACCCAGGAUAUGUAUAUGGCUCAAGGCAUGCACAUGGGCAUGGGUGGCGGUAUGCCGAUGGGCGGAGAUAUGGGCAUGGGCAUGUAUCCGGGUAUGGGCAUGCAUCCUGGCAUGGGCAUGCACCCUGGCAUGGGCAUGCACAUGGGUGCAGGCAUGGGCAUGGGUCCUGGAAUGGCUCCUGGCAUGGGCUAUCCUGCAGGUGGGAUGGAUGGCAUGGGCAUGAACAUGAACAUGCACAUGGGCAACAUGGGCAAUAUGGGCAUGGGAGGCAUGGGACCCAUGGGCGGCAUGGGAGGCAUGGGAGGCAUGGGGGGAAUGGCUGGUAUGGAUGGUACAGGAAUGCCCCCAGCAGCACCUGUCCCAGCAGCAGCAGCCCCAGCCAAGGCGCAUGCGCAUCGGCUGCGGGUCUACGAAGCUCGGUACCGAGCCGCAUCCGCGUUUGCCCUAGCCAAUGACCUGGGUGUGCCACAUGACGAGCUGCGGCGCCGCCAGGUGGCUCUCAAGUAUCUCAAGCAAUAG